GACUUUUCUAUUUAUUUUAUUUUAUCUUUUGUUUGCUCUCUGAAAUCGGGAUUUACAUUCCAUUCCUCGUCAUGGAAGCCCCGUACGACAAUAACACUACUGUCGCAACCAUGUCCAAUGCUGCUGGACUGGCGGAUAUCGCACACGGAACUUUCAAUCCCCUGAACCUGACUGACGAUCAGCCACAGAAGGUCAGUGUGUCAGCUGACGCCGAGUAUCCUAUAACUACAAUGAUCGACCCCGGAUGGAGCCAGCUCUUCCUGCCCAAUCAGGUUCAGGUCCAUACACGCAGCUCCAGCCACUGUGGCGAAAGGAUCCAGCAGAUCCUCCAUGACUAUCAUAGCAAUGCUGCUGCCUGCAUUGACCCUGGUCUCGGUCUAGGGCUUAUUCCACCAAUUUCAACGGAGGACCAAAAUCGAAAAGUUCACCAGGAAGCUCUCAAGGAAAGUAGCCCGACACUACAAUGUAAAUGGCAAGGCUGCACAUAUUCCAAGCCGUUCUCCCGCACGGGCGAUUUGGUACGCCACAUCAAAUCAGCACAUCUCACCCGGGGUCAAUAUCACUGCCCAUUCAAGGCUGGUUGUAAACCAUUCAACAGAAAAGAUAACCUGGCCGCUCAUAUACAAACCAGACACAAAGCUGCUUCGCGUGAGAUAUAACCAAGGAGAUUAUUAUUGCUUUUGUCUAUUAAAUUAGACCUAUGUAUUUAACAUUCAUCGUUACAAUGUGGAAGUCGAAUGUUUUAUCAGAAAAGAAUGUGCAGUUUGGUGGUUAUGUGAUGUUAGACGCAUAAUGUAUUGUGGCGUUGUGUACACCCC